AUGCAGGGGGCAGAGAGCACGGUGCGUUGGACGCAUGUUCGCUGCCUCGAGGAGUACAUGAACCGCGUCCACAGCAACAGAUGCAAUAUCUGCAAGAAGCGCAUGGCUGCCAUCAUUCGACAGAAGUCCAUCUGGGCGUGGUUUCGGCACCCGAGCACCCGGCGGCACCAAGUGGAACUCGCGCUGGCCAUGAUGCUGUCGGUCACCAUGAUGCCCGUGCUCUACAUGGCUUGGGCGUACGCCUUCUUUCAUGUGGCUCCGCAAGUGAACUGGGCCGUCGCCUUGGUUCUCACCCCUUACCUCAUCUUCCAGACCUCCACCUGGUUGGGAUUCGCAGCCUACAGCUUCUGGGCCGACCCCAAACUGCGCGCCAGAGAUGCCGAGUUUAAACGGCACUGGCGGGAGGUCGAUCCAGAAGUGGGCGCCCGAGACGCGGAAAUAUGUGGGCAGCCCCGGGAGGCUGACCCGGAGCUGCGCGCCCGAGAAGCCGAAGCUCAACGGCCACGCCGAGAGGCCUGCCUGUGA